AACACUAGAUUCCACUGGUUCAUAAAAGCCACUGCUCCCGCUGAUGGACAGCCGUCAAAUUAAGCAUUAUUAUUGGCUACAUUUGCUGUCAGUCAAUAGCUUUCCCCAACCUGAUUGGCUGUCUUCACGGUCAGUCACGCGGACGCUGUGGUGUUGCGUUUGUUGUUGUGGGGAGGCAGCAGGCAGAAGCAGCGACGGACUGCACAGUGACAGGGCGUUAUUUUUUACAUGCUUACAACACUAAACGAAGACGCUGACACUCGCGGAUCGCUAGGAACGUGUCUGAAAAACCCUGUCCGUCAUGGAGUCCUAUGACAUUUUAGCUAACCAGCCGGUGGUUAUUGAUAAUGGCUCGGGGGUCAUAAAGGCUGGUUUUGCUGGUGACCAGAUCCCCAAAUACUGCUUCCCUAACUAUGUGGGACGCCCCAAGCAUGUGCGCGUGAUGGCUGGAGCCUUGGAGGGGGAUCUGUUCAUCGGACCCAAGGCAGAGGAGCACAGGGGCUUGCUGUCGGUGCGCUACCCGAUGGAGCAUGGGAUAGUGAACGACUGGAACGACAUGGAGAGGAUCUGGCAGUACGUUUACUCCAAGGAGCAGCUGCAGACCUUCUCAGAGGAGCAUCCUGUGCUGCUGACUGAGGCGCCGCUUAACCCCAGUAAGAACAGAGAGAAGGCCGCAGAGAUCUUCUUUGAGACCUUCAACGUUCCUGCUCUCUUCAUCUCAAUGCAGGCCGUGUUGAGCUUAUAUGCCACCGGCCGCACCACUGGGGUGGUGUUGGACUCUGGUGACGGUGUGACCCAUGUGGUGCCCAUCUACGAGGGCUUUGCCAUCCCACACUCCAUCAUGCGUGUGGACAUCGCCGGCAGAGACGUCUCCCGAUACCUCCGCCUGCUGCUGCGCAAGGAAGGCUACAACUUCAACACAUCAGCUGAGUUCGAGGUGGUGCGCACCGUCAAAGAGAGAGCCUGCUACCUCUCCCUGAACCCUCAGAAGGAUGAGACUCUGGAAACGGAGAAGGCUCAAUAUGUCCUUCCUGAUGGAAGCACUUUAAAUAUCGGACCGGCCAGAUUCCGUGCCCCAGAGCUGCUGUUCAGACCCGACCUGAUCGGAGACGAGAGCUCGGGAAUCCACGAGGUCCUGGCCUACGCCAUCCAGAAGUCUGACAUGGACCUGCGGCGCACGCUCUUUUCCACCAUCGUACUAUGCGGCGGGUCAACACUGAUCAAAGGGUUUGGAGAGAGGCUACUAACUGAGGUCAAAAAGCUCGCACCAAAAGACGUGAAGAUCAAGAUCUCCGCUCCCCAGGAACGGCUGUACUCCACAUGGAUCGGCGGCUCCAUCUUGGCGUCGUUGGACACCUUUAAGAAGAUGUGGGUGUCCAAGCGGGAAUAUGAAGAAGACAGGGCGCGUGCCAUCCACAGGAAGACCUUCUAGAUUUGGAUCGGCGCCACGCGUACGCCAGCCCCUUCCCAUCAGAACUGCCCUCAGAACCCCUCCCUGCCCACAUUCCCCCCCCCCAGUCACCCUGCAGCUGAACAUCCCCUGACAUCCUGCAGCAAUUUGUCCAUCGUCCUUUCUGAACCUUCGCCCCACAUCUGAACCACUGCGGGUCCCCAGAAUCAAGGCUUUUGUGUAUGCUGGGGGCCCCAUGUUGACCCCAGGGUUGCUCCUGCUGUUGGGUGGCGGUGGCAGCACCCUCCACACUUACCAAACAGUCACACCCAGAGGGCCGUCAGGGACCCUCAAAGGACACCUCAGAGGGCGGAGGGGUCAACACUGUGGACUCCUGUUGCUGAGUUUCCAUUGAAGUAUUGGGCUGCUCUCUUGCCUCUGCACCCUGUGAGGUGUAAGAUAUCAUCAAAUCUAAAUCAACCUAAAUAUUAUUUACUGUUGAAGUUUCCAUUCCAGACCGAAGUUUAGAUUUUUUUUUUAUUUUUAAUUUUUUUUUUUUGUCUGUUUGUUUAGAAUUUUUCUCUCUGACAGUUAGCUUUUAAACAGCAAACAUCUGAAAUACUGCAGCAGCGCUUUAUCAUUUUAUAUAUAUAUACAGUUGUAGUCAGUUAAAGAUCGCCACUGUAUUAUAGAUCAGAACUACAGUCCAAAUGACUUGUUUCUGUCAUAAUGACAUGUUUCUGUUUAUGGAAAGGUUCUUCUUAUCCGAGCUGACGGAUUAAAAACUUGUGGGAAAUGCCUUGAUUUAUUUAUUGCUUGUUGUUUUUUUAGAACCCGAUUGAAAAGGUGUUUUCAGCCUGAGUGUCACAUUCAGGGCUGUUCUGUUUUCUGCUAACUUGAAGAAGCUGGUUUUUGUGGCUA